GAAACAGUCCCACGGUUGAGGCCGGCCAUCGUAUGUCCCCGACAUUCGUGCCUUUUGACACGCCGGACGAGGAUCUUCCCGGUAUAGCAAUGACAGAGAGACAAAGGACGCCACAUAGUUUUCCAACGCAGCAGACGUCAGCGAGUGGGGGCCGGCGCCGCAACAAACAGAGCCAGCCGCGUCGUCCACCAGGCGAGGAUGAGCAUGGUCCUCCUGUGGGUUCGUCCCGCCGGAUGGAGUGUGCUGGACCGUCUCAACCGUCCAGUCGGCAAGACCAAGGCACCCCUGUCAUCACAUACAAAAGGAAGGCCCUGGCAACUCGUCCCUCUCCUAGUUGCCAGAAGGACGAAGGUGGUGCGUUCAGGAAGGCGGUGCUGCGGGAGAUAAGCGAAGGAUCGGACGAGGAAACGGAGGAUGAUUCUAGGAUGGUGGAUGAGGGUGACUCUGGAGAGGAUGCCGAAGGGGUUCCUCCAAGAGAUGUGUCGGAACAUACACAACCUUCCGCCGACACCCGUGAUGAAGCCAUCGACACAACACGGUGCUUCUUCUUGUGGUUCGAUGAAGAUGGGUUUGCAAAGAAGAAAAGGGAACACAUUGAAGUGGACGUCACGGAGAUCUUGUCAAUCCCUGAAGGUGACAUCCUCUUCAACCAUAGAACGUUGGUGCAGUCCAUAUAUGAUGCGAUUCAUCAUGCGGCCAAGAAAACCAACGGGAAGUGGGAUUUCAUGACUUUCAUCCUGUCUCCCAUUGUGCCCAACAGGGACGGGUCUCAAGGCAGACGGAUCACACCGGAGCAAUUCGACGUCGAACUGGCUCAUACAUACAAUUGGUAUGUUGUCGCUGGCCAGCACACGGCUGAGGCAAUGAACAGACUCAUUAAAGACAAGUCACCGGCCAAAAAAAUGUAUGGCUUGAGGUCAUACUCUCACGUACGUGUUGUCUACUUUUACGAUGACAGAAAGAGAGGAUAUCCGUACGUAUCGACGUUCGACAACACGAGGGAGGAGUGUUCGAUCCCGAGAUCGUUUUCGUCAUCUGUGCGCCAAAUCAGAAUAUUUUGGGAUAAGAGGAAUGGUCGGAUCCGUCCGCCGGGGACCGUGUCCCCGAAUGACGUUGAGGGGAUGAAACGGAAAAAGAAAUGGGAAGAGUUCAUGAACGCCGCCUGCAAAAUGACACUUGAUUCCGGUCUCAUGAACUCGUCCUUGGAGAACGACUACUGCAAGGACUGGACGAACAAGAUGCGCGGAUACAUGAAUCUUGCGCAAUGCGGCGAAACAGUAUGGCCACUAGUAGAGAAAUUCUUCAACAUGUACGAGAAGGGGUUAUUACCGCGAGUCGACGGUGUGAGAUACAUCGACCUGCCGGGGAAAGUGGAAGGGAGGCUGCCUGGGCAAUACUUCCUCAGGGACAACUCCGGCAAAAAAAUCCUGUUCCACUGCAUCAAGGCCAGGAAGGGGCCAUCAGGCGCAACGGUAUCUAUACCUGACUUGACGCCGCCAAUUUUCAAGCUGUUCGGCGAUAUGACAGCGAAAGAGAAGCAAGUGGCGCUUCACCACAUGAUGCGUGGUGAUGUCAUCAUGACAUCACGUUCGGUACCUCGUGGUAGAUGCAACAUGGCGGACCUGGUUAAAUAUACUCGGCAUGAAAGAUAUAUGGUCCAUAUGUUCAACUACAUAUUGUUCAAUGUAGAGGGGAGGUCAAAAGAAGAGUGGAGCGUUGACUUUUUCAUCGGUUAUACGACCAUCUUGGAGAGGUACAACAAAAACGAUCUGACGGACGAGAAAUGGACCGAGGAACGCGACCGCAUCCCUGACGACAAGGCGAGGAAGGUGCCGAGGCGUUUGGGCGGUCCUGAUGAGAUUAAUGGUGAGAACGGUGCGGGACUGGUGGCAACCCAAGGCAUGUACAAGGAAACCCCAUUCCACCUCAAGUGUUUCAUCUACGAGGCAAUCGACUGCUUGGACGACCUGAAAGCGGAGGUUAAUCGGAUAUCCUCCAGUGCUUGUCACAUCUUUUGGGAAGUGGGGAAGAGGAUUACCACGAUCCUGCCAUUUGAAAUCGAACCGAAGGGAGUGCUCACGGACAACGAGGAGGUUGUUGGUAUGACGAGGGGGAUGAAGAUACGGGCAACCAUUCUUGAUAUAUCAACAUCACCAAAAUGUGUUCCGUGGGAUGAUGACGCCUUUUCCAAACUGUACGCUUUCCUCAUGACAUGCUGUGGCGAAAACUGGGCCUUGAUCAUUUUCGCGUCGAUGAAACACCAGAAACAGGUGAUGCAGAGUGUGUACAACUGGGAUGAUGUUGAGGUGCUCACAGGGUCAUGGUACAGACACUAUACACCUUCGACAACCUUGAACAAGUACGGCAACAUUGCAGUUCGGUACACUGACAUGAUGGCUAUUGUCCUCCACGUCGAGAACGACAAUUUGGACAACAUAACGGCUGCGCCGAAAUUCCGAGCCGAGUUGACAAAUCUGAACGUUGAAGAGGGUGAAUUUGUGAGGUGCUCAGGGGAGUGUAUCGGUGUGGAGGGCGACACCGACGCGGUUUAUUCUUGGAUGGAACGAGAGUCAGCACGUCUUCGAAAACUGUGCAGCUCGCUCAUCAGGGAGGACGAUGGCGUGAUGCUGUUGGGCAGGGCGCAUGCGAGACUGAUUUGGGAACUCGCUCGCGCCGGACACCACGUGUUCGAAAAGCCCCAAGUCGAGCACCGCAAGGACCGAGACAUUUACUAUAAGCUCGGCAGGAAGAGGGAGAAAGUGUGGGCUUACUUGUUCGGUGACGCUCUACGGUCGGCGGUUGAUAACGACUACGUCAUGAGGAAAAGUGAACUCGAGAUAGCAAUGAACGAGUACCACGGAUCGCACAUGGGUGUUUUCCACAUGUUCGUCGCACGUUGUGAGCAUCUGUAUUUCAAUAUGAAGAAAAAAGCACUGUCAUGCAGGGACUAUACAGACUUGGCACGUAAAGCGGGGAACUUCAACAACAUCGAUUGUGACGAAGACACGUCAGACUCCGACCUGGACGUUCCGUCGUGCGCGACACGACGUUCGGCGCAGGGAGCACGUGCAGAGGAGCCGCAAGGGAGCACCAACGCAGAUGCGGAGAAGGCGAGGUCGAAUUUGGGAGCGACACAUGCUAGUGAGGGAGACGUGGAACAUAGAAUGAAUGCAAGGGGAGAAAAGAAUGGUGUACCAACGAACCCGGUGGGUGCGAGUGAGGGAAUUAUUAACUCACGGGGCAACACAGGGGGAGGAGAGAAUGGGUGCGAAAUGACCCCGCUGACAGCUGGACCAUCAUCGACACAUGCACCGCAGGCCGAGCAGCGAACGCUCAUUUCGAUGGACAUAGAUGAAGAUGAAGACAUGGAUAUGACAGUUGUCAUGCCGAAGCUCGUGCCAGGAAAACCGUUACCUCAAGGCUUUGAUCAAGACCCUUCAAUGCCAUACUUGCUGCAAGACAAGUACAAGGAGUCAUCGGAGGAGGACUGGGGUCAUCAUAUUCUCUGGCAUGAGGUCGUGUUCGAACCGUGCGUGUUUGCGGGCAAGUGGCAAAUGGCUGUGAAGACAAAAGACCACGGGUGGGUCACGAAGGAAAGAAAGGACGGUGCGAUAGGGCACAGCGUGACGGAGACGAAACUUUUUCGGUGGGUUGCACAAGAAAAUGUCAGUGCAACCGAGGUGGCUGUAGCUGCAAAGGCGAAAGCUUUGUUUGAGCAUCUGCGUGCGAACAAACAACUAGAAUUCAGCACAAAGUUCUACGACCUUGCAUCAAGUGUAUCGUACGGCUCCAUCGAUUGGAAAAUCAAACAAGCGUCAGCAGUGCAAGGAAUCGAUAGCGUCACCUCUCUAAAGACUCAAGACGUCAUCGCGUCUAACACCAUUGUUGCGAUGGCCAGAGGGGAUGCAGGCUGCGAAACGGACACACGUGCGAACGCAGGUCACAUACAGAAUGAACAGUUGCGAGCAUGUAAUCAACAAAGCACACAGAGAAGCGCAAAGGGGGAUUCCACUGUGAUACGCAAGGAUGGCGACGACAUGGAGUCGGGCACAUUGACAGAGCCGCCAACGCGCGGGGUCAACGAUGAGGCAACAAUCGUUGAAUCUUUUGGGUCUCUUGUCGCGACAAUGGCGGCGAGGCAAGGCGUAUCUGAAAUGAUGGAGACCGAUGCGGGUUAGGAUGUUGAAAGCCAUACCGUGA